CAUCCAUCUCAGCUCAACUUCCCUCGCUACUUUGGUCAACCUUCACAAUGCCCCUCACCCAUCUACCACCCGAGGUUCUUCUCAUCAUCGCGUCCUACCUGCGCCAUCAACGGGACGUCUAUGCACUUGUAUGCACCAACCGUCAGUUCUACCAUAUCUUAAGAGACUUUCUCUACCAAUACAAUAGCCGAUACUUCCACGCGUCAGCCCUGCCAUUCGCCGCAAAACACGGGAAUGAAUAUAUGGUCCGCAAGCUGUUGGACGGACUCAAGUCUGCCGUGGGAAAAUCGCGCAAGCUCCCAUGCUCGCAACGGCGCAAGCAGGCCAUCCAAGAUAAAGUUGUUCUGGAUUCCGGGUCCGAAAGCGACACCGUUUGGUCAGACGUAUCAGUGAAGAGUGAAGAUAUCGAAAUACCUUUCGUGACUGAUAUCAUAACCCACCCCCUGCGUGCGGCCAAGUAUACCACGACAGAUAUAAACACCAUCCAGUCGGCUCUGAUCGCAGCCAUACAAACUGGUCACAAGAACAUAGUGAAACUUCUUCUGGACUGGGGGGCGCAGGCAAACUUCUACCGGGGCCUUCGUCGUGUCAACCACUACCCGGAACCCCGCCGAUGCACGAAGGUGAUUUGCGUAGACUAUCCGCCGCUGUGUCAGGCCGUUCAGUGUGGCCGUGCAGCUCUUGUCAAGCUUUUGUUGGAACGAGGGGCGGAUCCUGAUCGAUAUUGCUACUCGCCGCUGUAUCAGGCUGUCGCGAGUAGUAGACGUGAUAUCAUCCAGAUGUUACUUCAACAUGGAGCUAAGUUUCACUCGCGCUCGUUGAAGCUGGCGGUCCAGCGGGCAGACAUGUCGAUGGUUCAAUUUCUGCUGGAGAACGGGGUCAGGGCUGACGAGUCGGGUCACUCGGCCCUGCUGGUGGCGAAGCGCAAGAGUAUGGAGGAUAUGGUAGAGUUCUUGCAGUCAAAGGGAGCCACUCUGGAUGUAGAGUUUGGGCCUAGUGAUGAUUCUGAGAAUGAUGAUUACGACGAAAGAUUGGAUACUUAUCUUCCCGAUUGGCGUUCUCCUAGUCUUCCGGCGGUUGGUGCAGGGGUUGAAGAUUUUGAUGAUGUGAGUGAUGGCGUUGGGCACAUUUAAUCAAAAUUGACAUGACGUCUUCUUUCUGGUAAUGGAGAAGCCACUGUGUGACCAGAAUCCAUGUGAGAUUCCCCAAACGAGCACUGUCUGUUCCUAAUCCGCGUAACGAAUGGGGCCUCUUCUCCAAGGCAUGUUUUUAUGGAUCAGAUCUGCACAAAAGGCAACACUCAUUUCUUGGUGUGCUCCCUGCUACAGAAUACGCCGUCCAUGCCCUUCAUCCAAGGGACUGCAUCGCAGGGAGCAUCUUCCUGCAGUCCAAGUACUCCGUUAGCAAGAUUGCCG